AAGAAAUAACAUGCAUUAUUAUCAUAUCAUCAUGGUGGCUCUAUCUCUAUGUGCAUCCACCUAAUACAUAGCUGGCCAUUGUCUUGGGGCAUCUUUAUAAGCCGGGUCUUCGCUCACAAAUGAUCACUUUUUGGAAGAUUAAAAGGAGAGAGAAAUAAGAAGAGAAAGAAAAGAAAAAAAAUAUGGAAAGCUGCAUCUCCAAUAAUGCAGAAUCAAGAUCCCCAUCUCCACCACCACGCCAUGGAAGAACACUUUUCCAUGAAUUUGAAGAAGAGGAGGAAGAGGGGGUCUGUUACAGCAAUGGGUUUGGGUGGUUCAAGAAUGAGGAGAGAGAGGAUCCAUGGGAGACCAUGAAGGCGAAGAAGAAGAAGAAGAAGCAGGUGUUUCUUGAAGGGUAUGUGGAGACAUCAGAUGAGGAUGAGCUUGGGAGGACAAAGAGCUUGACUGAUGAUGAUUUGGAGGAGCUUAAAGGGUGCUUGGAUCUGGGGUUUGGUUUUAACUAUGAGGAAAUUCCUGAGCUUAGGAACACCUUGCCUGCCCUUGAGCUUUGCUAUUCCAUGACCCAAAAGUACCUUGAUGACCACCAGAAGUCACCUGAAUCCAUGUCUGACACAGCCUCCACCUCUUCUGCCUCUAACCCUAUUGCCAAUUGGAAAAUCUCUAGUCCUGGUGAUGAUCCUGAAGAUGUCAAAGCUCGUCUCAAAUACUGGGCGCAGGCAGUUGCUUGCACGGUCAGAUUAUGCAAUUAGAGGGGAGAUCGAUGGAUUCGAUCUGAUAAGAAAGGAAGGAGAGACCGAGGAGAAUCGGGAAGGCCACUCUCUUCAUUUCGGUCCAUUGACCUUCAUCGAGCAUUCGUGCUCAGCCUGUGACCCCAAGAGGCAAGAAGAGGAUUGCAUCUCCCGGGAGCUGAAAGCUCCUGAAACAUCAUUCCAGGAGAGGGAUACCGAGUAAUCCAUGGGUGGUAGGUCGUAAUGUUUUCCAUUGAAGAGACAGAGAGACGCGAAAAGGAGGAGGGAAAUACCCAAUCCAAUUCCAAGAAAAUAACAAUAAGACUGCAAUAUAAAAUGCCCUGCAGAGGCCUUACCAAAAUCUUGAAAUAACACUCUGUAUUCUUGCUGUACAAUUGCAUUUUAACAAGUUGAAUGAAAUUUGUAUAGUUGCUCCCC